AUGCGUUCUUGUGAAGUGUCCAGACUAUUUUUUACAUUUACUUUCCUUUUGCAUUUUCUGUGCGUUCACACAGUGGACCCUCUGUUUCCAGUUGCAUCCAAAGUCACCAAAGUCGCCAAAUCUGCGCCUGCCGACGGCCAAAGAAGAGCAAAAUAUGGACAAGGUGUACUGGCAGCAUCACCGUCAUCUGGAGACAGACAGUCACAGCGGACGAUAAAGGAUUCAAUUGAGCCUCACGAUUACAUGAUCUCUAUCUAUAAGACUUUUUCUGCGGCUGAGAAACUGGGGCUUAACGCAAGUUUUUUCCGCUCAUCAAAAGCAGCAAACACCAUCACGAGUUUUGUGGACGAGGGUCAAGAUGACCUUUUGAACUCCCCUCUGUGGAGACAGAAGUACUUGUUUGAUGUAUCAACCCUUUCGGAAAAUACUGAGCUCCUGGGUGCUGAACUGAGGAUAUACACAAAGAUCUCUGGAACAUUCCGAGCAUCAGAAGUGGGCCCAGUGGAGAUUCAGCUUCUCUCCUGUCCAUCACACGUUGCCCUAGACUCCAAAACCUUGGAUCUGGAGGAAGCACAUAAGCCAAAAUGGGAGGUUUUUGAUGUAUGGGACAUUUUUAAAGAACGACACCUCUACUCUCAGGGCAUCCACUUCUGUUUAGAGCUCAAGGCAACACUAGAUAAUCCAGAGAGGGAAAUCGACUUGCAAUAUCUUGGAUUUCAUAGAUAUGGUCGUCCACCACUAAAGAAAGCCAUAUUGGUUGUUUUCACAAAGUCAAAAAAGAGGCAAAGCCUUUUUUAUGAAAAGAGGGAGAAGCUUAAACUGUGGGGUCUUGAUGACCCCCGAAAGAAGAAAAGACCUCGAUUGAAAUCCAGACGAAGACGGACAACUUUACCUAACCGACACGGCAAGAGGCACGGCAAAAAGUCCAAACCUAGAUGCAGCAAGAAGCCCUUGCAUGUGAACUUCAGGGAGCUGGGUUGGGAUGAUUGGGUUAUUGCUCCUUUAGACUACGAGGCCUACCACUGUGAGGGCAUCUGUGACUUUCCACUCCGAUCUCACCUGGAACCGACAAAUCAUGCCAUCAUACAAACCCUCAUGAACUCUAUGAACCCCAGCAAUAUGCCGCCCAGUUGCUGUGUCCCAUCAAAACUCAGCCCCAUCAGCAUCCUAUACAUCGAUGCAGGAAAUAAUGUUGUAUAUAAGCAGUAUGAGGACAUGGUAGUGGAGUCCUGUGGCUGUAGGUGA